GUUAUUAAACAAUAUAACAUACCGAAAUACCACAUUUUCAAACAGUUUCAGUUUAUAAUUACAACAACCCUACAAUGAAAAUUAGAACUAACCUGUAUUUAAUUACGGCGAUAGUGCUAUCAUCAAACUUAUUGACACUAUGUGAAGGCGACAGUGACAUUGAUCAUGAACCAUUCUCUGAUCAGUUAGAUGAUCACUUAGAUGAUCAUUUAGAUCACAUAGACGAUUUACAUGAUUUAGUGGGUCCUUUAUCAACUAAUGACAAAGUUAUUCAUAGUGUUGAAUUAGUUCAACAUCAUGGAGAUACAAUGACUAAAUACGCAACAACAUCUCAUACAAAUCAAGAGGCAAAUAAUGAAAUAUUUACUAACACGAUUCCUACCAUACAACAAUCUAAUAUGCCAGCCACUUUUACGAAAGUAAUAAAAAAAACGAUAAUAAAAAAAUCUAACAAUGAUGGAAAUAAUUCCCCAGAAACCGAUUUUUCAAUGAAUGAUAUGUACAGUAAAAAUAUAUUGAAAGGAAACGGAAUCGGUAAUUCAAUGUCAAAGUCUCAAACUUUAUCUCAAAUGGAUAACAUGGAAAAUAUUGAUUUGUCAGUUAUGCCUUCACAACAAAAUUCUGAUCUACAAGGUAAUAUAAAAAAUAUAAUACAUACUACAGUAACAAAAACAACUACAAGUGGAAGUCCGUCAAAUGAAUUAAACGAAUCUUUUAGUAGAAAAUAUAGUUUAGACGGAUUACCUUCAAAUCAUAUCAUAUCUACAAUGAGUUCUAAAAACUCUAAUAAUAAUGACGGAACUGCAGGUUCAGGUUCCUUACAAACGAAUUCAAUGGAAGGAAAUAGUAAAAUAAAAACAAUUUCAAUGACAGGAGAUGUAAUUGAUGGGAAUGGUAUAAAUACAUCAAAAAGAAUAUCUCGUACACCAGCGGGUUCCUACAGACGCACAAAAACAACAAUAAUAAAACAACAUAGUAUAGAUGACGACGAUGAUCGUAGUGAUUUAGAUAAAUCUACUUUAGAAUUUAAUACAGAAACAUCUCCAAUCAAUAUUGCAUCAUCAUUGACAAACCCUUUAGGGUAUAAUACAGUAACUACUACAACUAUUGACAGGGAUAAUUCUAAUAAUAAUGCAUUUAAUCAAGGAACCUCAUCCAGGAGAGAACAAACCCGAUUAAACAAUUUUAAUAUCCUUGGAAAUUCAGUAUCUGAAAGUGGAAUUUCUCAGAAUCCAGACUCAUUUGUACAAACCAAAACAACAAUAAUAAAAAAUGAAAGAGCGGCCGAUGGAAUUAAACUUGAUAAUUUAAAUGAUAACAAGAUAAAUUUUAAUAUUGAUGAUGGAAUUUCUAACUCAAAUAAUGACAUAAAUUCAAAUUAUAUCAUAUCUUCGAGUAAUAAUGGUAACGAUAAUGACGCUGAUUUUAGUUAUAAUUAUGGUUAUCAGAAAGGUUAUGGUAAUAAUCUUCAUGAUAAUUACAAUGGUAACUCUUUUGGUAUUUCUGAAAAUAAGUACAAUGGUAAUAUAAUUUCUUCCAAUAUGUUGGAUAAUAAAUAUGUUCUUAUACCUGAGUAUAGUAAUGGAAAAGGCAUGAAAAAAAAAAGAAAGAAAAAAGGUAGUAACAAAAAAUAUAAAGGUGGUAAAUCAAAAAAUAUAUCACAUGGAAGUAGAAAAGGAAAUGAAAAAAGUAGAGCUCAAAAAGGUCGUAAUUAUAAAAAAACAAGAUCAUCGAAAACAAGAAAUGGAGGAAGUUCUCAAUAUUAUUCAUCAAAUGGUUAUGUUGAAGGACAAAGCAAGUCUUUAAAUGGAGGAAGUUCUCAAUAUUAUUCAUCAAAUGGUUAUGUUAAAGGACAAAGCAAGUCUUUAAAUGGAGGAAGUUCUCAAUAUUAUUCAUCAAAUGGUUAUGUUAAAGGACAAAGCAAGUCUUUAUCAUCUUCAGAUAGUGCAUCAGAUGAACAAUUUACGAAUACAAAAAUGCCGUGUCAUUGUAGAAAAGGACAAAAGUUAAAUAAAAGAGAUAGCAGUGAAAGUAAUCAAAGUGGUAAUUCAAAAGAACACCUUGGACCAGAGAGUCAUUAUUUAAGUAAUUCUAUGGAUAAUCAACAAAUAAAAAAUAAUGGUGACUUCAUUGGAUUACCAUCAUUACUACCUCCGUUCAUGGAGCGUGAACCAUCACAAAAUUUAAUUUUUGAUAUGAUAUCAGGACAGCGACCAGAUAAAUUAUUUAAUGAUGGGCAAUCAGGUGUAACAACAGUCUUAAAUAGACAAGGGGAAACUAGAAGUCAACAAAUUGACGAUCAUCAAUUACCCAAUAUUGAUGUACCAAAUCAAUAUUUAACAUACCAAAUAACAAAUAUGGGUUCACUAAAUAAGCCAGAUUUUAAGCAUGAACAAUAUUUCGGACCACCAGAUUUAGAUCUAGGACUUGGUCCGGAUAAAGGUCCGGGUCCCGGUCCCCUUAAUGGUCCUGGUCCCGGUAGAGGUCCUGGUCCCGAUGGGGGUCCUGGUCCCGGUAGAGGUCCUGGUCCCCGUAGAGGUCCCGGUCCCGGCAAAGAUCACGGUCCCUGUAAAGGUCACGGUCCCGGUAAAGGUCACGGUCCCUGUAAAGGUCACCAUAAAGGUCCAGGUUUCGGUAAAGGUCUAGGUCAAGAAGCUAAUCUAUUUGAUUCUAAACAAUUUUAUGACGGUGGCUAUCAAAAAUACUUUGAUUUUGAUCAACGACCAUCACUACCAUCUCUUCCAUCGCAGUUUCCAUAUCCAUAUUCAUUUAAUAAAGAUAAUCUUUCUGAUUUUUCUAAAAUGGAUUUAACUACUCCUAAGUUUAUGAAUAAUCAGUCCGAAAAAGAAAACCAGAUAAACUUAAACACUAUUUCAUCUCAAAUACAACAAAACAGUGAUAACGAAGGCUCUGGGUUUAAUCAAAUGGACGCAGUUAAUUCAAGAUCCAUGAGUACGUAUAAUAGCGGUCCGAUUAUAGAGUUUAAGAAAACAAUCAAAACAAUAACAAAUAUAGAUGAUAAUAGUACUCCAGAUAGGCAUAUUGUUCGUAUUGUAUCAGUUUCACCUGAAGUUGAUGGUAACAAUAUAUAAUAUUCAAAAUAAAUCAAACGAAUAAAAAAUGUUAAUAGUAUUACAAUGGAUUAUAUUAAUGAUUAUUGAUAAUAAAAAAAAAAAAAAACUAUAAAUUGUUUGACAUGAAUAACAAAAAAUAAAAAUUCCAAGGACAGUUUAAGAUUAUACAAACCAAUAAAUAAAUAGCUAAUUGUAACUGUUAUUUACAAAUAUUAAUUAUUAGAAUGUUAUGAUUAAUAUUGAAUAUAGGUACUACAUAAUUUUAUUUAAUAUUAUCAAUUUAUUUAUGUUCAUUUAAAUAAAUACACUAAUACUCAUAA